AUGUUUUCACUCUGCGCAAAGCCGGCCAACGCCAGCGGCUCGUCGAGGGCGUCGCAACAGCUGCAGCACGGUACCUGUAAAAGUUGCAACUCAACGGUAGGAAAACAGAUCAAAGGAGGAUACUUAUUGCGCUACAAAAAGCAAGUCCUGUGGAGCCGUUGGUCGGAGGAAUGGGUUGUGCUGUACGAUGACUCCACUAUGGCCUGGUUUACGGAACCGGGUCGCUCGUCACCUGCCGGAAAGAUCCUGGUCAAGGAGGCACCGGAAAUGCUGGCGAUAGCACACUGGACCGGACAAAUACCCCGGCGGCCACCGCUCCCGGAUGGCGUCAGCGUGUCGCAGCUCAUCGCACUCGGCUCCCGCCGGAAGCGCUCCAAAGUCUACUGGAUGAUAGCAAAGUCGGAAGAGGAAGUCAGCGACUGGAUUGCCGCAAUCACGAAAACGCUGCCGCCACCGCCACAGAUCGAGCUGGUCGUCGAUAAACCACACCUAAUGGGUGUCCUGCGGAGACCGAUCGUACGGAUACGACCCGCCACCAGCACGGAGGUUUCGGCUAGGCGGAAAAAUCGGCACACCAUCGAGCACAACACGACGAAGGUGAAGGGCGAGGCGGCCGUUGCCAUCAUCAAGAAGAGCGCGCAGGACAACGCGGAACCGAAGGGAUCGCUGGCCUGUGCCCUGCCCUGGGGCCACGGUUGGGGUUGGGCGACCCUACCGAACGGCAUCUGGAGCGGGGCACUUACCUGGUCCCAGUGCGAGGAUUCAAUCACGCUGCAUGCCCUCCCCACCACCCACUGUACCAACAUGAUAGAAGCGCCGUGUGCUGGUGGGAUCUACCACACCGACGUCGGACCGUUCGACUUCCACGGCAUCGAGGACGUGGGGGGUGAAGACUUUGACUACGCGAUGGACUGUGGAGAUUUCAUCUUCUAA